UCCGGAAGUAAACGGGAAAUAGAACGUCAACACUUGGCGCCAGAUUUCGAGAAGAAAAGCAACAGUUUACUCGAAGAAAAUAGAAAGUUGGCAGAAUGAGUGAAACGGAAACUCUCAGUGACCGGAGCGUGGCAGAGAGUAUGGACAAUGUUCAUGGGUCCAAGAAACCUUGCCCCCCUUCCACGCAGGAGGCACUGCCAAUUGAUGUACAAGAGGAGAUUGAGUGCCUGUAUGAAUUUGUUCCUGAGGUUGCUCAGCACUUUAAAAUCGUCAACAAAAUAGGAGAGGGGACGUUUAGCUCAGUCUUCCAAGCCUGUCUCCGACAUCACCCCGAGGUGAAGCAGCAGUUUGCCCUGAAACACAUCAUCCCAACCAGUCAUCCUUCUCGUAUCGAGGGAGAACUACGGUGCUUGCAGGAAAUUGGCGGCUGCGAGAACGUGAUCGGUGUGGAACUGUGCAUCAGAAACAGGGACCAUGUCGUCAUCGUCAUGCCGUACUUCGCACACGACAAGUUCCCAGAUUACGUGCUGGAGAUGUCGCUGACGGAGGUGCGAGACUACAUGCGCAACCUUCUCAUAGCUCUCCGACGCGUGCACAAGUUCGACAUCAUACACAGAGAUGUAAAACCCAGCAACUUCCUGUACAACCGAGAGACACAACAGUUUUCUCUGGUAGACUUUGGUUUGGCCCACCAAGCACCAGUGUGUCUGAUGAAGAAAUGCAAGACGUCUCCAAGUGUAGAUGUAAAACUUGCAGACAAACAUCACAAGUCAGUCCCGCUGUCUCCGUCCAAAAAAUAUCUUCAGGAUAACAAUGUCAAGUCCCCUGCUUCUACCGACAUGAAAAGGGAGCAACCGUCCGAACUGAAACCAGGCGCCAGUGGUAAACUGGCAGCACACCGACGGCAGUACACGCCGCCAACAGCAAAUCUUGACAUGCUUCACUUAUCCAACAAAAUAAAGUCUCCCCGUCGCAUGCUGCUGGCCAAGAGAGCUCUGAUGAUAAAAGAGGGUCAGGUGUCCAGCAAGCAACGGUCGUCUUCAUCGUCACGGCCGGGCAGUCAGAACACCUGUCAAUGUUUUGGCCAGCCUAUGGUGUGCAGUAUUUGUGUUGCGAGAAGCAAUCAGACCGCCCCUCGUGCAGGAACACCUGGUUUUCGCUCGCCCGAGGUUCUCAUGAAAUGUCCUGACCAGUCAACAGCUGUGGACAUCUGGUCAGCGGGGGUCAUCUUCAUGUCUCUGCUCAGUGGCCGCUACCCUUUCUUCCGAGCCAAUGAUGACGUCACAGCUCUCGCACAGAUCAUUUCCAUCAUGGGCAGUGAAGAGGUCAAGGUUGCAGCGAAGACUUUCGGCAAACACCUCACCUGCAGCCCCGUAACACCGGCAGUGGACCUGAAACGACUGUGUGUGAAGCUUAGGAGCGCCCCCAGUCUCGCUGCAGGGAACCAGGCACAGAAGAAUACUCACAUUCCAAACAAAGAGAAUUCUACAGAUUUGUGGGAAAAUAUUUCUGACUGUGGUUUUGAUUUGCUUAAAAGUUUACUUGACCUUAAUCCUGCAACAAGAAUAACUGCUGAAGAAGCCCUAAGACACCAGUUCUUUGUAGACUGAUGGAGUGUUUGUUUCUUUAUGGCGAAUGGAUGAAGUUGGCCAAUAAAAUUAUGUGAUUACCUCUCGAAGCAAAAAGAUGAUUCUCAACCAUGAAAGGGGGCCAUUCCACCAUCAAUAGGAGGCCAUAUCACCAUCAAAAUGUGGCCUCUCCACUGGCAGAACGAGUGUGGUAUCAUGUUUAUGAUUCAAAAGGAGGCCAUCCACUGGCAAAAGGCGGCGUCUCCACCGACAUGAAGAAGUCCAUCUUCUGUGAAAAUGGCGGCCUCUCCACUGUCAUAAGUAGGCUCUUUACUGUAGCCAUAGGGACUAUUGUUUUAGUGUGCCAUCUUUAUGAACAUAUGAUAAAUUAUAUGGCUGAAAUCAGCUGACAUACUUUAAAGUGACAUUACAUAUUUUGAUGAUUCAACGAAAUAAUGUUAGCAAAUGUUCCCAAAUGUCAGUCUUUUGUCAGAUAUUAUUGUGAUAUAUAUUUAUAACAAUAUUUGAAAAAGGACAUUGUUGGUCAUGUUUCUAGGUAUUGUAAGCUACUACCGUCAUCCAAUGUAUAUUCUUGUGUGGCUAUGAAUUGAUUUCUCUGAUUUAUUGAUUUUUGUAAAAAUUUGUGAUAGGAAAGAGUUUUCCAAGUUAACUUAGACACAGUUAAAUCCCUUUUAAGUGCCUGGAUCCAAUAAUCAUGUGUUUGAAUCCAAGCUUGGCCCUUAUUAUGAUUCUUGGUUUGUCAGCACCAUAUCAAUGCUCAUGAUGUCAAUCACCAGAUUGUCUGGUACAGACUGUUGUUUACAGACCCUGGUCAUCUAUCUGGAAUAUUGCUUAGUGCGGCGUUAAACAACAAACAAACCAUACUAGUGGGUGGUCUGGUUUUCACCAAUACCAAUUUCAAAUUGCCUUAACAUUAAGCUGACACUGUGAUAUAACUCAAAUAAUACUUAAAAGAAGUUAAAGAACACACAAUUUUUUCAUAUGACUGUGCUUAAAUUUUCAUGACGAUAUAUGUGUACAAUUUAAAUUUUAUACUACUUAAAAGAAGUUAAAGAACACACGACAGAUUAACUAGAGUCAAAUGCAUGUUUUUUACUUCUUUUUAGUAGUACACAAUUUAUUUUUGAGGUGGGGCUGUGGUAUGUCUGAAAACUAAAGGAAGUAAUUUUUUUAUCUAACAAUUUCAGAAAUGCUCCCUCAAUCUGGGUUGAUAAUUUUUUUCUGAUCUGUGGAAAUCCACGGAAUUCGUUACCUCAAGGGUAAUUUUUGUGAUACCUGCCAUUAUAAUAUACAGAUUUGUUGACAUGGUAUUUCCAGUGUUACGUGCUCACAGUUAUGCCUGUGUUGGGGGGGAAAACAUCAAAACUCUUCAACCCUGUGUAUAAGACGACCACCCUUGAAAGCCCCCUAUUUCAAGGUACGAAAAACUUGCCUUAUACACAGCGAUAUACGCAACACAUAAGUCAUAUUGUUCCAAGAUCUAGGCUAACUUUCAGUGUGUGUGUUUUGAGGUUUUUUUUGUUGAAAAAACCCAUUCUCAUCCCCGUUUAAUCCCACUUCCCCCUUGUGUGAUGAUUUAAAUUAUACAUAAAUUCCUUGUUUAAUGUUUUUGCAUGAUCAUGAUUAUAGUUGUGUUAACAUGAUUAGUACAUCAUAUCACCUUUUGAAUGAAAUUAAAUGUGUCUAAAAUUGUCUGACAAAUAGUUGUGAAAAGGAGGUGUUAAUAUUUUGGAUUAUUUAAUAUUAUUUAAAAUGAACAAAUUUAGCAUAUUUAUGAUUAUGUAUGAUAAUGAAUGUACCUGUGAACAUAAAAUAUAUGACAUCUGAAUAAACAAACAACAAACUA